GCAUCCAUCAAUCAGCUAUCUUCAAUCUCUCCUGGAAUCCCUUCAAGAAGCAGCAAAAAUGAAGUUCUUCGUUCUGAGUCUCGCCUUGAUCGCCCUGUUCUCCUGCUCCCUGGCCCUUCCUGUGGAUCUGGACAACGGUGAACCGCUGACUCUGCUGGAAUUGGAGGCGGAGCAGGAACCCCAAGUGGAUGAACUGGAGGGCGAGCGAGUUGUCCGAGGGCUAGGUGGCCUGGGAGGACUUGGUGGCAAAUUUGGCGGCUUCGGCGGACUUGGUGGCCUGAAGGGAGGAUUCGGUGGACUGGGACACGGCUUUGGCGGUGGAUUCGGAGGACAUGGUUUCGGCGGCGGCUUCGGCAGCUUCAAGAGUCUGUUCAACAAGAAGUUCCGCUAGUAUAUCAGCCAUACAUCCAAAUUAUAGUCUUAAUAUUUCGUAAUAAAGCUUAGUUUAGUUAAA